GGAAAGGGUAUUUGGGGAUUGAAAUUGAAUCCAGUCUGCAGUUAGGAAUUUCCUUGGCGGAGUAUAAGAAGGGAAGACCAAAGCGAUGCGUCCACCAUUCCCGCUUCUCUGCUGGUCGUUGGGUCCCCCUGGAAGGCGACCAAGAUCAGGCCAUCGGACCCGACCCAUAACCCGACGACGCCCGCCGGCAAGAUGAUCGGUGCUGCCGCCGUUAUCGUGAAAUCGAGUGCAUCGUUGACCGCUAAAUCGCUGGCGCUGUUACUGGUGGUGCUGAUUUGUGGUGCCUGUUCCACUACUGCUCCAGUGAGUGGCGGCGGAGUAUUCGACGUCAGAUACAAGUUUCCCGGCUCCAAUCGCUCUCUCAGUGCCCUAAGGGAGCAUGAUGCGCUCCGCCACCUCCAGAUGCUCGCCGGGGUCGACCUCCCCCUCGGCGGCACCGGCCGCCCUGACGCUGUCGGGCUCUACUAUGCUAAGAUUGGCAUUGGUACUCCUCCAAAGGACUACUAUGUGCAAGUAGAUACUGGAAGUGACAUGAUGUGGGUUAAUUGCAUUCAGUGUGAAGACUGCCCCAAAAGAGGCUAUAAUGGUCUGGAACUUACUCUGUACAAUCCAAAUGACUCCCUCACUGGACAAUACAUUUCUUGUGGUCAUGAGUUUUGUUUAGAGAUCAACAAUCCUCCGAUAUCAAGUUGUGUUGCUAAUGCGUCUUGUACAUAUGCUGAAGAAUAUGGAGAUGGAAGCUACAGUACUGGGUACAUUGUAGAGGAUGUUGUUCAGUAUGACCGAGUGUCUGGUGAUCUCCAAACGAAGUCAGCAAAUGGAAGUGUCAUAUUUGGGUGUGGUGCUAGACAGUCUGAGGAUCUGGGAUCAUCUGAGGAAGCACUUGAUGGUAUACUUGGUUUUGGAAAAUCAAAUUCAUCUAUGAUUUCGCAACUAGCUUCAUCCGGGAGAGUAAGAAAAAUGUUUGCACAUUGCUUGGAUGGUGUAAAUGGUGGUGGUAUCUUUGUGAUCGGGCAUGUUGUGCAACCAAAAGUUAAUACAACUCCUUUGAUUCCAUACCAGCCUCAUUACAGCGUCCAUAUGACAGCAGUUGAAGUCGAUCGUGAUUUUCUCAAUCUUCCAACAGAUUUAUUUGGGAUUGCAGACAAGAAAGGGACAAUAAUAGACAGCGGUACAACUUUGGCUUAUCUUCCUGAAGUGAUUUAUGAGCCACUUGUGAGAAAGAUCCUCUCGUGGCAGCCUGAUUUGAAACUGCAGACUGUUCAUGAGCAGUAUACCUGCUUUCAAUAUUCUGACAGCAUUGAUGAUGGUUUUCCCAAUGUCACUCUGCAUUUUGGAAGUUCCCUUUUGUUGAAGGUUUAUCCGCAUGAGUAUCUAUUCGCCUUUGAAGGUUUAUGGUGUAUCGGUUGGCAAAAUAGUGGAACGCAAUCCAGAGAUUGGAAGAACCUGACUCUUUUGGGAGAUUUAGUUCUGUCAAGUAAGUUGAUCUUGUAUGAUCUUGAGAAUCAGGCCAUUGGAUGGACUGAAUACAACUGCUCUUCAAGUAUCAAAUUACAAGAUGAAAUGACUGGAUCAGUACAUCUAGUAGGUGCUCAUUACCUGUCAUCUGCUUGGAGUCAGAGCUCCCAAAGGGCUAUAAUCUUCUUGUUGAUAACUGCUCUGCUGCAUGAUUUAGUUUAGUGAAGCACUGCCAGUAAUGGGUAAUACCAGUUGCAAAAUAAUCAAAAGAAGCAUAUCAAACAAUGAAAGAAAGUCAUUAAAAUACAUGAUAAGUGGGUGAUUGACUAUGGUUGCAUGUAUAGUAUUUUCCUGACAACCAAGACAUGCUAGGCUACCAUCAUGGUAUUAAACAUGCAAAUUCAGCCUCCUUUUUGUUUGUUUAUUUAUUUUUUUUCCCUUCUUUCCGGAGGUAAUUUUGGUUUAAGUUUCUAUAAGUAUAGGUGAUUAUUUAGAAACAAGAUUUUUUACCGCCGGAGGCAAUAUAUGUUGUUUACUGAAAUGUACAUGCUAUUUGUAUAUAUGCUAGUGUUCAUCAUAGUUAAUAACAUUUUAAUA